AGAAUAUGAUCGGCGCGCGCGCGCAGGUUGUCUUCUCCUGGUGCGCCCGGCCGGCCGUGUGGUGGCGUGCGUCGGCGUGGGGGGUUCCCGCCGGGUCGCACGCUCGUUGGUUGGUUUAGCUCUCCCCGGUUGGCGCAUAAGGGUGCUGGCUCCGCUUAAUGUAUGCCGCCACUCAUUGGCCCACAGACACUCACAACAUGGGAUGUUGGACGCCUCCUGGGCGGCCGGCCUAUCAAUCCUCGAGCGGGGGAUGUCCCGCAAAGAUGACAGAAACUUUUUGGACAGAGCUCGCAUGCCUUCGCCAGAGAGUCACGGACGCAUGUCUGCCGACGUUCCUUGCAAAGGCCCGGCGCUGGGGUUGUUUGUUUUUUUAUUGUGGCGCAGUGAGGUGUCUUCUUUUCAUUCUCAC